CAAGUGAUUCCACAAUUUGAGUGUAUUCCACACAUCGGCAGCAGUGUGGACUAGAUAAGCACGUCUCUUCAGAGUUUGGCAUCUUAAAUAACAACAUUCAAAAUGUGGUUCAAGUUGUCGGUGCUCUUGAUUUGUUUCCAGGUAUCAUCGGCACAAUUUGGGGUACAUGGAAAAGCCGAGGUUACACCCUCACUUGCACCGCCACCACCACCGCCAACUAAAGCGCCGACCAAGCCGCCAACUAAAGCGCCGACCAAGCCGCCAACCAAAGCGCCAGCCAGGGGGCAUGCGGGUACCGGGAUAUUUGGAGUACAUGGCGAAGAUUUCGUCACUGAAGCUGCAAAAAGACCCGAGGUAGUCACAAAAAAAUCCAAGCCUAGUACGUUUGAUAGUGUUCUUUGCAAGUAUGGAAUUCACUUUAAACGUGACUGCUGUUAUGGAUGGAAACGAGUCGGCGGUCAAUGCGUUCCAAUUUGCGAGAAAGAAUGUGUCCAUGGCAAAUGCGUCGGUCCAAACAAAUGCGAAUGUGACCCGGGUUUCACUGGAGCACUCUGCAACCAAGAUUACAACGAAUGUGGCGAUAUGCCAUGGCGCUGCCCUCAACGGUGUAUGAACACCCUGGGUAGUUACAACUGCUAUUGCGAUCAUGGAUAUGUUCUUCAACAGGACAAGAUCACAUGCUCACGUGACAACAGAUGUGAUGGUUAUAGAUGUGUUGUUGGCUGUGAGCAGUAUGAAGAUGGUUUCCGAUGUAUAUGUCCCGAUGGGCUCCGACUCGCUCCGAACGGUCUUUCAUGUAUCGAUAUUGACGAGUGCAAAGAAGACCUCGACAACUGUGCAGUCGAUCGUGUUUGCAGAAACACGUUCGGAAACUUCUUCUGUUCCUGUCCCGAGGGUCUGAGCUAUAAUUAUGAUAUUGUCAAUGGCAAGAAGGAACUGGUGUGUAGAGACCGAAAUGAAUGCGACGGACCAAACGAUUGCGACCCCAACGCCAACUGUAUUAAUGAGAACCCUGGCUACAGUUGUGAGUGCAAAUUUGGAUACGUUGGCGACGGAUCAACUUGUACUGAAUUAGAUUCAAGAACGUGUGCGGAUUUUCCGUGCUUCCCUGGAGCCGAAUGUGUGGAUGUUGGCCGUAAUCCCGCAGAUCCAUUGGCUAAGUUAUUCGUCUGCCAAAGCUGCCCGCCAGGCUACGCUGGAGACGGUGUCGAUUGUUUGAAGGUUGAACGCAAAUUAUUAGUAGUUGUAAAAGACGAGCAACAACGAGGAGUUCCAGUUGAAGAAGCCACUGUAUCCGUGCUAACAGUGAGUGGUGAUCCAACUGCGAUCACUGAAACCUUUGAUCGAAAAUCAACUAACGACGAUGGGUUCGCGGAACUAAGCGCCCCCAGUGAUGAAUCAUUCAUAGUCACCGUGUCGAAAAAGGGAUACUAUGAUAUAUCAAAAACGUAUAAUAUUGUUCCCGGAAAAAACGCACUUACAAUUCAAUUAGAUAGGGAGAGCACUGAGCCCAAGGAUUUUACUUACUUAAACAACAAGGAGUCACGUGUCGAAUUUGACUUCAGUAAACGAGGUGAUGCGAUUGGCCAGAAUGGUGCUUAUGCUAUCACAUUCCCUCCAGGUUCUCUGAAUGUUCCUAACGGUGAAGUGUUGUCGGUAACUGUGCGAGGUAUUGAUGUCAGAAGUUCAUUAUCCCUGGCCAAGGCCCCUGCUCUUAUUGGUACUGGUAUUGUAUCUGAUUCCAGCAAUCUUACAGGUUAUGAGCGUUUGCCGUUGGAAAGUUUUGGUAUGGCUGAAAUUUCAGUCGUCGUGAAAUCAAGUGGUGAAGACGUCCCCUUACUCGGUCAUAUUAAUAUAGAACUACCGUUAAACGCAAUUCAAAAUUCACCAGCAGAAGGAGAGACCGUUGGUGCAUUUUUCUAUGAUCCAGAAAAGGGCGUGUGGUACAAAGAUGGUGAUGGUAUCGUUACCACAAAUCGCUAUGGUGAUAAAGUUUGGUCGUACAAUGCGACGCACUUGACUUGGUGGAACGCUGAUCAAGUGAUAGAGAAUUCGAACUGCGUCACUGUCACCGCCUGCUACGAUCCAGAUUGUUACAACCCAGCAGGUGGCACAAUGAUCACUCUCUCAGGAAAUGAUUUUACAUAUACCGCAACCAAAAUGACAGAUGAGAAUGGCCAGACAUGUUUCAACUUUAAACAAGGUGGGAAAGUUGAGCUUACAGCCACUUGUUCUGGUAGCCAAGAGUUUGUAGUCGGGUCCGGGUCGUAUUCGACCUGCCCUGCUAAUCUUGGCGGCAGUGGCAUCUUUUCCAACAUCAUUGAAAGCUCUGAGGGUACUUUCUGCCAAGGUGUCAAGUUCAUACUUCAAGGCACUUCACAUGACUGCUCUGAUCCAGGCCCGAUAGAUAAUGGAAUCCGUGUUGGUAACGACUUUAGCUACGGUAGCAAUGUCUCCUUUUUCUGCGAUAGUAACUAUUAUCUAGGUGCAGGUAGCGCUCGUCGAGUGUGUCAUUCAUGUGGAGAAUGGAGUGGUAGCCAACCUAACUGCUUUGAGGACGACUAUGCAUCAAGUGGAGUCAGCGAAUCUCAACCAUUCUUUCCUUAAUUUUUCCAUAGCAGGACACCGCCUAUUCUUUCAAUGUUGCCGUUAUUUAAAUGUUUGUCUGUUUGAACAUAUUGAGGGCGAUGUUGAGUAGUGUUAUUGUCAAUACAGUUACAUUAACUAAAACCCCUCCAAAAAAUAAUAAUUUGAGACAAGUUUUUGUUUUCAUCUUUUCAUCAGUUUAUUGUAGUUAAGUAAUGCUGUUUAAUGAUAUUCUGCAAUCGUCAGACCAAAUUUGAAAGGCUAACCAGUUAAAAACUGUAACGUUAGAGAUUGGUGUUUAAACGCUUUAAAUUCGAACUAAAUAACGUUGCUAACGUUGCUGUACGCUGUGUUAGCGAAAGGUUUUGGAAGAAUGUAUACGACUGACAAUGUUCCAGAGGUAAAUACAUGUAUACACUUGGCCUACCUAUAGAAUUUCGUAUUCAUGUGUUCUACAAUAAUGAAUGAAUUUUGAAGGUUGGUAGUGCUCCUCGUACAAUGAGAAGAUCGUAUGAAAGAGUCAAAGAACUGUGUCAGUAAUUUAAAGUAUUACUUAGACCCUAAUUUUGUAAACAACAAAAGUUUAAAAUAUUUAAAGUAAGCCUGCAAUUAUUGUUGUCAUGCCAUUUUUAUUAUGAACAGGGUGAUUUUUGCUAAUAAUAAAAUAUUCGUUGUUUUUUUACAGUA